AAGCAUCAUCUCGUUCACGUUGCCCGCAUGAGUGUAAACAACACGCUCUUCAAUUAUUUCAGUAUAAUUUUCUGGGAAUUGUCCGGAUAAAAAUCCUCCGGAAAGCUGUACGUAAGAGCCAUGGCAGACGUAGACGAUCUGUUCAAUCUAUUUGAAGCCGAUAACGAUAAAGAUGAAAGUGGCAAUGUUCCAAUAGUCAUUGACGAUGAUCAGGCAGGAAAGCAACUGGAACCGGUAAAAGCUGAGACAUCUAAACGGGAGCACGAUGAAAACGAUGAUUUUGACGACGAAGAGCCUAAUAAACGGGCAAAAAUUGAAUCGAUACUGGAUGAUAUCAACUUGGACAAUAUUGAAUCUCGUAUCAAGGUGCAUACGAUUCAAUCUCCUGAAGCUUGUACCCACGAAGUGGCUGUCUAUCCGGAUCAUAAAUAUCGACCGUUAGUACCUCCAACCGGUAAGCCAGCCAAAGAGUAUCAGUUUGUACUUGAUCCUUUCCAAAAGGAGGCCAUCCUAUGCAUAGAGAAUCAGCAGUCGGUUCUGGUAUCGGCACACACUUCUGCUGGUAAAACUGUAGUUGCCGAAUACGCAAUAGCCAAAUCAUUGGCCGAGAAACAACGUGUCAUCUAUACGACUCCGAUCAAAGCACUUUCUAAUCAAAAGUACCGGGAAUUCCACGAGGAAUUUAGAGACGUCGGUUUGGUUACCGGUGAUGUGACAAUAAACCCUUCAGCUUCGUGUCUCAUAAUGACAACGGAGAUUUUGAGGAACAUGUUGUAUCGAGGAUCGGAAAUCAUGCGCGAAGUUGGUUGGGUUGUUUUUGAUGAGAUCCAUUAUAUGCGAGACAAAGAGCGUGGAGUUGUGUGGGAAGAAACACUUAUCCUCCUACCAGAUAAUGUACACUACGUAUUCCUGUCCGCUACCAUUCCGAACGCACGACAAUUCGCUGAAUGGGUUUGCCACAUUCACAAGCAGCCGUGUCACGUGGUUUACACAGAUUAUCGUCCAACUCCUUUGCAGCAUUACUUGUUUCCUGUUGGAGGCGACGGUAUUCAUUUGGUGGUCGACGAAAAAGGGCAGUUCAAGGAGGAUAAUUUCAAUACGGCCAUGGCGGUACUUCAGAAUGCCGGUGACGCUGCCAAAGGUGACCAAAAAGGGAGGAAAGGAGGCCUAAAACCGACAAGUUCGGGUGAGACGAACAUUUUCAAAAUUGUCAAAAUGAUUAUGGAAAGGAAUUUUGCGCCAGUCAUAAUUUUUUCCUUCAGUAAGAAGGACUGCGAGAUUUUCGCUAUGCAAAUGUCGAAACUAGAUUUUAACUCGACGACGGAAAAGAAAUUAGUCGACGAGGUAUUUAAUAAUGCGAUGGAUGUGCUGAGCGAGGAAGAUCGACAGCUGCCGCAGGUUGAAAAUGUACUUCCCCUUCUGAGACGAGGUAUCGGGAUCCAUCAUGGCGGAUUGCUUCCGAUUUUGAAAGAAACCAUAGAAAUUCUGUUCGGAGAAGGUCUAAUAAAAGCACUUUUCGCUACGGAAACUUUCGCCAUGGGCCUUAACAUGCCGGCUCGGACGGUGUUGUUCACGGGACCGCGGAAGUUUGAUGGAAAAGAUUUCCGUUGGGUCACGUCUGGGGAGUACAUCCAGAUGUCGGGUCGUGCCGGUCGGCGAGGUCUAGAUGACAAGGGUAUUGUGAUUCUGAUGAUUGACGAAGCAGUCUCUCCAUCGGUUGGAAAAGAAAUCGUCCAGGGAAAGCCGGAUCCGAUCAAUUCAGCUUUCCAUUUGUCGUACAACAUGGUGUUGAAUCUGUUGCGGGUAGAGGAAAUCAAUCCGGAGUACAUGCUGGAACGGUCGUUCUUCCAGUUCCAGAAUCAAUCAUCCAUCCCAGAAAUCUACAAAAAAGUACAACAGAAGCAAAAAGAACUGGAGAAAGUUUACAUUAAAGACGAACAGUCCAUAGUUUCCUACCAUCAUGUCCGGGAUCAGCUCGACACGCUUGGGAAGCAAUUUCGGGAGUACAUUACAAAACCGACCUACUUAGUACCUUUUUUGCAGCCUGGUAGGAUGAUCAAAAUUCAAUCCGAUGCAGGAGAGUUCGAGUGGGGCAUCAUUGUGAACUUCAAGAAAGAAACUGGUGAUGCCAAAAGUAAUCCAAUAAAAUCCGAGAUGAAAGUUAUCAUCGAUGUGUUGCUGCAUGUUGACGAUGGCUUCGAAAAAGAAGGCAUUCCCAAACCAUGUCCCGAGAACAAACGAGGUUCGGUAGAAGUAGUGCCUGUACUUCAUACUUUGGUGUACAGAAUCAGUUCACUUCGGGUGUAUUAUCCAAAUGAUCUUCGCCCAGCAGACAAUCGUCGGUCAGUGCUUAAAACUAUCAACGAAGUAAAAAAGAGAUUUCCGCAAGGUCCUCCCUUGUUGCAUCCAAUUAACGAUAUGCAUAUCAAGGAAAAAGAUUUUCAAACUAUAGUGGAAAUGAUCGAUAAGUUCGAGAAACGCUUGUACGCUCAUCCUUUGCACGAAUCACCGGAAUUGGACAAACUGUACACCAAAUAUAUGGAGAAGUUGGAGCUGGAACGGCAGUUGAAACAAGAAAAAAAUGCUUUCCGUGAAGCAAAGAGUCUUUUGCACAUGGAUGAGCUGAAGCACCGCAAAAGAGUACUUCGUCGUUUAGGUUAUUGCACUGCGGCAGAUGUUAUCGAGUUUAAAGGCCGUGUCGCAUGUGAAUUGAGCUGUGCCGAUGAAUUACUCUUAACAGAAAUGAUAUUCAAUGGUACCUUCACAAACCUCACAACUGCCCAGGCGUGUUCUCUUCUCUCGUGCUUUGUUUGCGAUGAGAAAAGCUCGGAAGUACCGGCUGCUACCGAAGAACUGUCCGGGCCUUUGCGACAAAUGCAGGAUCUCGCCCGUCGCAUUGCCAAGGUAUCCAACGAGUGCAAGGUCGAGCUGGACGAAGAAAGAUACGUAGAAUCCUUCAAACCAUUUCUGAUGGAUGUGGUGCUUGCGUGGUGCAAAGGAUCUUCGUUUCUGCAGCUAUGCAAGAUGACGGACAUAUUUGAAGGCUCUAUCAUCCGUUGUAUGCGACGACUUGAGGAGCUGUUGCGGCAGAUGGUGCAAGCUUCUAAGACAAUCGGCAACUCUGAUCUGGAGAAUAAGUUUUCCGAAGCGAUACGCCUGCUCAAACGAGAUAUUGUGUUUGCUGCAUCACUUUAUCUCUAAUAUAAUUUGUUUAGGUUAUGUAAUUUGAUGUAAUAAUGGAAAUUAUUAUGUAGAAAAGAAAAUAAAU